GUGACUUAACGCGACUGUAAAACGAGACAAAUGAAGUUAAUUUUCCUCAGCUGGUGAUGGCGGAUGUUGUUGAAAAAGAAAAAGACACCAUGAAGAAUUACCACAUAGCGUCUGAGAGAAUUAACUCAGACAUCGGUCGCUUUCCUUACUGCGUAGUGUGGACACCUAUCCCCGUGCUAUCAUGGCUGGUUCCAUUCAUCGGCCACAUGGGGAUCUGCACUUCCACUGGUGUCAUCCGGGACUUUGCUGGACCGUACUUUGUCUCAGAAGACAACAUGGGUUUUGGGAAACCAACAAAGUACUGGAUCCUUGACGUCAGCAAAGUCUACGCCAGUGGCUCCAAUGCCUGGGACACAGCGGUGCAUGAUGCUUCAGAGGAGUACAAGCACAGGAUGCACAAUCUCUGCUGGGACAACUGUCACUCGCAUGUCGCCAUGGCUCUGAAUCUGAUGAGAUAUGAAAACAGCACCUCGUGGAACAUGGUCAACCUCUGCCUCCUCGCUCUGAUCCACGGAAAACAUGUCAGCUGUGCAGGAUUUCUGAAGACCUGGCUGCCCUUCCUGAUGCUGAUGGGCGUCAUCUUCACAGUGACCCUGGCCAUCAACCUGCGGUGACCUGGGGGGGGGGGGGACACAGUGGGAACCCCUGCAGGUCGGAUGUGGGGUUGACCUUGUCGGUGUCGAGCGAAAGCAACGGAGGAUUUAAAGACUUCUUAUCUCCUGAGAGACGGUUUCUUGAACGGGGACGUCCAACACGUGGUUGGUUUGUGGGAAGCGGGCGGCCUGUUACUGGAAGCUGGGAUGCCCUUGUGAUAAAUUCAUUGAUACUCGAGCCAUUUAUUCAGAGAGAAGUGACUGAACACACUUAAUGGAUUCUGAUAAUUGAAAGCGCAACAGCAGGUAAAGCCAGCGCCGCCUGCAAAAGCGUGGACGUUGUGUAGCUGCAUCGAUUAUUCAUCGAGUAGAGGAACGUAUAGCUGCAGUCUCAGAGGGAACACAUUCAUGCCUUGCUUUCAGAUAUUUGACGAUUUUACUUUACUUCCAGGAUGCCGUUUUUUAUACCGGGGAGCACAAACACGUUAAAUCAAUUCGAUGCCUUUUUUAGGGAGUUUAUUGCAUCUUAUGCUUGAUCUGCUGUCGCUCUUCUACAGUAAUGCAACUUACAGCUAAACAUGCCAGAGCUCUUUCUGUUUUUGUGAAUCUUCUAAAAACAAGUAUUUUCUCUGAGAUGUGUUGUACAUGUAUCACCUCAUGGUACCGCUUUUAAUAAGUUUACAGAAAAUUGUUUUCAUACUUUUUUUUUUUUUUUUUUAAACUGCAGGUCAUCAGUGCAACGAUUGUAGCAACCUCAAUGAAUGUUGCUGUGGAAAACAAACCCAACAGAAUAUCUGAGCCUUUUGUUUUCUGCACUUGUGCCAAAUGAGGGAGAAAGGGAGACCAAACUGUGUCCUUGAAUAUCUACGUUCAUGCUCAUCGGUGACUCCAAACAAAAAGCCGGUUGAUGUCUGAGUUAUGAAACCUGGUCUCGAUCUUUGCUCAACCUGAGAGAGAUUUAGUUUUUCAUUUGACUGUGCCUCAACAUAACCUCCCGCAUAUCAUUUGUGUCAUAUUUUCAUUUUUGACACUUUUUUUUAAGAACUUUAAAUCCAAUUGAUGGUCGGCACUCCAAAUCGGUUGCCAUGGCCGUCGUGAGUAGAUUCAAAUCCCCUCUAUUGUUUGCAAUCAAACGGGGAAAAAAACCGUGUUGAGCCCUCUCUUUGUCCGCGGUGGUGCCAGAAGCAGCAGGUAGCCGGGAUCCUCAGGUUUUCACACUCGCCAACCGCUGCUGAACGUCCCCAGUUCCCCCAGCGUCGCAACUGCUGCCUUCCACCUCUGCAGACCAGAGUCGACGGUCAUUGUGAAAUGUCGGCACUCUUUCGUAAAGCUUUGAUACACAGCGGCCAACAAAGUGUGUGAUCUUCUAGAUGAAAUGUUUUAUUUUCUGUAACGAGGGUUUGACCUCAGGGCGAACACGGUGGCAGUUUUCCAGACUCUCUAGUUUUUCUAGCUCUCCUCAUCGGGCUUCUGUUGAAAGCAGAUAUUCUGUGGCCUCUUGUGUGCAGUUCACCCAUGUUGCCUGUAAAUAUUUGAUCACACAUGAUCCUGUAGUACACCAGGUGCUCUUCAUAUACUCUUUCAAACAUGAUCGCUUUCACUCUUUAGAUUUAUCCUUUUGAAAAAUUUACGGUGUCGCUUCUGCGUAUCUCUGCUCGGCAGCAGAUUCCUGCCUGAGUGAGUGUGUGAUCACGUGUGUGUGUGUGUUAGUCAUGCACACAGCGAUCGGAGAGCGCAUGUGAUUGCAUGUGUGCGUUGCAUGCAUGCAGGAAACGAUGAGAGAGAAGUUAAUGUUUGACACACACUGUGGCUUCCUGAUUAAUAAUCAGCUGCACUUCAUUGCAGCAAACUGC